AUGAAUGGAGAAGUGAACCAGAAUCAGAAGUUUAUCAUAUGGGAUCAAAAUGAAGGAAUGAAAAUCAUGGGAGCCCUCAAGAAAAAGGCAAACAUUGCACUUAUUUCUCAAAUCGAGCAAAAGAAUAUUGAUGAAGCCUUAAAAUACUCAAGCUGGGUACAAGCUAUGCAGGAUGAACUUGAUCAAUUCGACAUGAAUCAAGUCUGGGAACUGGUACCUAAGCCAGCAAAUGCUAUUGUUCUUGGAACCAAAUAUGUGUUCAGAAACAAGUUAAAUGAAAAUGGAAAGAUCUACGUAGAUGAUAUUAUUUUUGGUAGCACUAAUCUUCUUUUGUGCAAGGAUUUAUCAAAUCUCAUGCAGAGUGAGUUCGAAAUGAGUAUGAUGGGAGAACUCAUAUUUUUUCUUGGACCCCAAAUUCAUCAAUCAGAAGAUGGCAUAUUCAUAUGCCAUACCAAAUAUACAAAGGAACUAAUUCAAAAGUUUGGAAUGAGCAAUGCCAAAGCAAUUGGAACUCAUAUGAGUCCCUCUAUAAGUCUAGACAAGGAUGAAAAGGGAAACUCAGUGGACGAGACUACGUAUCAUGGAAUGAUUGGAUAUUUAUUAUACCUAACCGCUAAUCGACCAGAUAUCAUAUUUAGUAUUUGUAAAUGUGCCAGGUUUCAGUCAGCUCCUAAGGAGUCACACUUAAUGGCAGUAAAGCGAAUAAUUCGCUAUCUUAUUAGAACCACUUCUUAUGGACUAUGGUAUCCACAUUCUAACAAUUUAAAACUUGAAGGAUUUUCAAAUGCUGAUCUUGCAGGUGACAAAGAAGACAGGAAAAGUACAAGUGAAACUUGUCAAUUACUGUGA